AUGUCUUUCUCGUUCGAAUGGCCUCGAUUCUCGGAACAAUUUCAUGCGGAAGCGAUAGAGAUGCUCAAUUCGGCGUUGAAUAAGGGUUCGAAGCCGCCGGUCAUUGCAGACAAGAUUGAGGUGGUUGAGCUUGAGAUGGGGACGCAGCCACCCGAACUCGAAAUUCGUGAUAUCGGAGACUUGACGAUGGAUCAGUUCAGAGGCAUCUUCAGAUUGACCUAUGCUGGGGAUGCGCACUUGGUUUUAAGGACGAAGGUCCAGGCAAAUCCCCUCAACCACAAGCAAGACGACAUCCAUCUCAUGUCCGGUACCCGCGGCAUGCUCGCCGCAAAACAACCUCUCGUUGUCCCCAUGCUUCUACGCCUCUCUCACUUCCGCCUAAACUCCUACGUCGUCCUCGUCGUCUCAAAACAGAAGGGUAUCACCCUCGUCUUCAAGACCGACCCGCUCCAGAACGUCGAUAUCAACUCCACAUUCGAUUCUAUCGCCGUCAUCCAGAAGUUCAUACAAAGGGAGAUAGAAGGGCAGUUAAGGCAGAUGUUCAGGGAGGAUCUGCCGGGAAUUAUCCAUCGAUUGAGCCAGCAGUGGGUUAAGGCGAAGGUAGAGGCACCAUAUUUGAACAGA